AUGAUUUUGGAGAAAACAGUGCAUAGAUCAAGAAAAGACUGGUCACGAAAGUUAGAUGAUGCACUAUGGGCGUAUAGAACAGCAUUUCAAACACCGAUUGGGAUGUCACCAUAUCAAUUGGUGUUUGGAAAAGCUUGUCAUCUGCCGGUGGAAUUAGAACAUAAGGCCAUUUGGGCUAUGAAGACCCUCAACAUGGACUUGAAAGCUACAGGAGAGAAAAGAUUGCUACAGUUGAAUGAACUGGAGGAGUUUAGAAAUGAGGCUUACGAGAAUGCGAAGAUCUAUAAGGAACGAACAAAGAAGUGCGAUGACCAAAGCUUAGUCAGGAAGGAGUUUCAACGUGGGAAGCAAGUUUUACUUUUCAAUUCAAGGUUGAAAUUGUUUCCUGGUAAGUUAAAGUCAAGGUGGUCAGGACCAUUUACAGUGGUCAAGGCGUUUCCCUAUGGAGGUGUAGAACUGAAAGGUGAAAGCCUUCAGACUUUUAAAGUCAACGGGCAGCGAUUAAAGCUUUACUUGGGAGGUCAAUUUGACUAA